AUGUACCUGUUCAAGUGCCUUGCAGGGCUAUCUGCUGUACUUCUAGGUGUCGCUGCUCUUCCGCAACCCAUACCUGCGCCCACACCGGCCGCACUAUACGAUAUAGUCGAAAGAGCACCGGAGCCAACGCUUGAACCGAGGCAAGGUGCUGGCUGUAUUUUCCAGACCACUACGUUAGCCGCAACUCCAACAAGCACCAUAACAGAUUGCGUCUGUGGCAGUACUUUAAUAGCGGGUAUCAAUUUUGCCGUUUCGGGCACUGCGACAACAUCCUAUUGUGCCACUGGGACAGCACCACCUACGGGAUUCACUCAAGUCCCGUAUGGUCCCGGUGCUCCUGCCUGGGCAACAGACCUUGAUCCUGCUGCACCUUGUGCCGAUCCCACAAUUCCGGACGCCUCUUGCUGGGAGGCUCUCGACUUGACGGGAUACAUCAACUGGUGGUGGCCAGCCAAUAACGCUUCUUGCGGUACACUGGGCUUCGCUGAUUGUUACUAUGCUCGCGCGAUCCCAAAGUACUCGCCGUCAACUUGCGCUCAGAUCAAUGAAGAUUCCGGAUGUCGAGAACCGGCCUGGGGAGAUUUCCAAGGACUAUGGAAUGCGCAACGAGCAUUUUACGUGGCUUGGAACAUCUGGAAUCUCAACGGUCUUUUUGCCAACUAUUACCAAGCGAUCUUCAAUGCUCAGAGUACUGUGACCAACGAGUUACAAACUAUCAUCGAUACCAUCGACCCAGUGCAAACGGUUAACGCUGCACUCGAUGACAUCUUGACCGCGCUGACUGUCGGCUUGGCCUUUAUCCCCGGAUUCGGAGGCGCCCUCAUCAAAGGCAUCAUCAUUGCCGCACAACAAGCCCCCGGUGUAGCCAAAUACAUCUUCCCUACCGGCACCUCCGACUCAGAGACCUUUGACUUCAAGCAAAUCAGCGCGAGUCUCGGCACCCUAGUCACCCAAUUCAAAACCAACUACGUGGCCGCCCUCGCUGAAGCCGAAAACGACCUCACCAGCUUCCUCGCCUUCGUCGAGAAUACCCCCCUGUCGGGCGAAAUCCCCGACCUCAACUCAGUAGUCGAUCAAUGCCUCACCUCUCUCUACACCUACGUCAUAUCGCAAGCCUACCAAGUCAGCAACGUCAUCAUCACCCGCCAGAUCGACACCGAUGUCAACGCCCUCUCCAGCAACGGCACUGCUCUCAACUGGGACACGGGCUGCGGCAAGGGUUACGGCCAGUACGGCGAGUGCUCGACCUUCUGGUACGACCCGGCCACCAGCAUCACCUACGCGCUCUACGAUACGCAGACCCAGACCAAGGACUUCAACACCGAGUACCAGUAUUUCUUCAACGGGUACUCGACCGGCGAGAUCCUUCUCAAAGGCGCCGACCUCUGCGCGCAGGCGUCGCACUCGACGCAGGGCAGUCAGGCCAUCGUGGAUACUUCGCCCGGCGGCUCGACGACGUACUGCCUGAGCAACAUGCAAGUCUGCACCUGGGAUCUGACCGAGAUCAACACGCAGCCCAAUCCAUUCACGGACUGUGCGUCGAAAGUCGCGCCCAAGUUUUACGGCCAGGCGUGUUCGGACGGGACGGGAGACUUUGGCGGAGGCGCGGCGCCGGUUUGCUAUUUGGGGUGGGGUCUGCUGGAUAAUCAGAAUUACAAGAAUUCGGACCAUGAGUUCUGCGUCGCGUAUGGCGGUGGAUGA